AUGGAACGUACAGAUAAUGAAAGUUUCGAUGAGCUCGAUAUGGACACUGAUGGGAGAUUUUGCGAUUCCCCAAUGGGAUCUCCUUCGUUUAUAGAUGUGCUAUAUGAAACAGAUCCGCUAUUUGUUUUAGUUCCUUCAGAUACUUUGAAAUUGGACAUAGAAGAUUUGCCUAUUAUUGAGCCAGAUUCAGUGCAAAGCGAUAAAGCAAGCACUGCUGUAUCAGAAGGAACUUCUGAAGGCUACGAUAAGCAGCCUACUAAAUCAUUAAGCCAAGAAAAUUUAUCCCAAUACAAAGAAAUACCAGAUUUUACGAUAAAAAGAAUUGGGAGUCUAACUCUCGAAGAACGACAUCUAAAAGUCCAAAAGUACUUGGACAAGCGCCAAAAGAGGACUUGGAAUAAAAGAAUAAAUUAUGACUGUAGAAAAAGAGUUGCUGAUAAAAGAAUAAGAGUUAAAGGACGGUUUGUUACUAAAGAGCAAGCUUGUUUACUGUUGGAAGAGCAAAAGCAAAUGAAUGCUCAAAUGGAAAUUGAAAAUAAUUCGCCUAGUCAGGUGUCACCUAAUUAA